GGCUUCCUCUACUACCGAGAAACCGCUCCGACAACUUCCGCACCCGGUACGACCAUUCUGCGGCCGUAAUCUCUGCCACGCGCGUACACACAUCCAUCACACAUGUCACGAUAUCUAUAGCCUAUCCAAAGCCUAGCCUUCGAAUCCCUCCGAUACUAUAAUCGCCCCGUCUCAUCAAUUCUUCUGCAUACGCCUCAUGAAGACGGUUCUCAUUGUUGGCGGAGGGCCUGCGGGCUUAGUCGCCGCCAAGACUCUCCUCCAGAAAAACAAAGGGACAGCGUUCAGAGUGACUAUCUUCGAAGCGGCUGACCGAGUCGGUGGUAUGUGGAGAGGAGAUGCUGACGGAAAAUGUGCACCUUCAAUGCCUACCAACCUUAGCCGCUAUACUGUCAGUUUUGCGGAUUUGCCCUGGACAUCGGUCAAGCUUCCAUCCCAAACCGGGGACGUACCUCUGCUGCCCCCGAUGUUUCCCAAAGCGAAUCAGGUCGGACUGUACCUGGAAGAGUAUGCAAGAAGAUACAUUCCGGAGGGCGUUCUCAUCUGCAAUCGUGCUGUCACGGAUACAGAGCUCAGCAAAAACACCCCCCGACAAUGGUCCGUCAAGUCAGUGGACAGACAAACAUCGACGCCCCAUGAAGACAAGUUUGACUAUCUAAUAGUUGCGAGCGGCUUCUUUGACCGUCCUAAAGCGCCUCUGUUCCCGUAUUCAGCCUCCAGGGUACCCCGCCUGCACUCGUCUCAGUUCCGCUCCAUUUCUUCUCUGGCCAAUGCGCCCGGGAAUAUUGUAGUGGUCGGGGGUGGGAUCAGUGGCUCCGAAGCGGCAGCAGUGGCAGCGAUGCAAAUAUCGGACGCAAAUCACGCUCCAGGAAAGUCCAAACCGGCCUGGGCAGACAGCAAAGUGUACCAUGUCAUAGACCGUCCCUUCUAUUGCCUCCCACGAUUCCUGCCCCAGAACCCCUACAAUCCCGCCAUCCAGAACUUCCGCCUAGCACCAGACUUUCUGCCGCUGGACCUCGUCCUUUACAAUCUCUCUCGCCGAGGCGACGGGCUCAUAUCCACUUCUAACGGACCCGUUCCGCCGGAGAAAGCGAAGAAGGGACAUGAGUUCAUCCGCUCCGUCAUUGGCGGCGACCAGCGAGAUCUCGGCCGUGAAGAACUCGUCUACAGGCCUGAACAGACAGUAUAUCCCAGCUACACAGGUAUCUCAGAUACUUAUAGUGAGUUUGUGAGGGAUGGUCUGAUUGUCCCUGUACAAGGUCGUGCCGAAAGUCUGGAGGAUGGGAGCAAUGAUGGAAAAGGAAUACUACACCUAACGCAUAAUAGUGCCUGGGCAGCGACAUCGACCAGAAAGGGAACUUCCACGACCGAGAUCGAAGACGUUGUCGGCAUCAUCGAAGCGAACGGCUUCCGCGCAGAUCUCAGCUACCUCGACCCGGACGUAAAGAAAGUGCUCAACUACGACCCGACCUGUCAUCGUGUGCCAAUCUUGCUGUCUAAGGGCUCCAUAUUCAACUCGAAAGUCCCCGAAAUGGCAUUCGUGGGGUUUUACGAAGGUCCGUACUGGGGUAUAAUGGAAGCGCAAGCGCGUUUGAUCGCGGAUACCUGGUCUUCCGCGCAACCCAUUCAAGAGAUUGCAGCAAUCGCUGACAAUUUUACGGACGCUGAGCGGGUCCGGGAUGCCCUCAAGGGUCAGGAUUUGAGCGUUCCGCAAUUCUGGAUGCCCGAUUAUGUGGGCAUGAUGGAGGAGUUCUCUCGCGCAGCUGGCAUUCCACGGAACGAUUCUCUCUUCGCCGGUCAGAGCGGCCCAGCUUUCCCAGCAAGAUACGCCAUACCUGGUCCUGAAGCCGAGCCCUCGAACACUGAGGUAAUGAGCGAAGUCCACGAGCUUUUCCAAGAUGCCACAAGAAAUUCCCGCUUCGCCGCAGCCGCCGCCUUCCGCGCAAUGCAAGGUGUUUGGACCAUGCGGAGGAAAAUAACCUCUCGCCAUCCCUCGUCGCCCGGCGGUCAUAUGGUAGCAACAGCGCACUUCCACCCCCGAUAUCCCACGGAUCCGGCGUUCUCUGCAGAAUAUCUGUAUAUCGAGGAGGGCACAUUUACGUUGGAGAACGGUUUCAGCUUCUCCGCGUCCCGCCGCUACGUAUACCGAUACAAUGAGGAGACGGACAGGAUCAGCACCUACUUCGUCGAUGAAGACCGCAAGUCCGCCGAACGGAUAUUCAACGAGUUGGUGUUCGAAAGACCGCCUGAAGGAGACACGGAGAAGGGCUGGCUGGCGAAGAGCGAUCAUUGGUGCAGCCCUGACACGUACAAGAGUAGCUGUGAAUUCAGGUUCCGUGGAGCGGCUCUGGAUACGUUCGGCAUCACGUAUGAGGUUUCUGGGCCGAAUAAGGAUUAUACGCAUGAGAGCUGGUAUGAGCGUCCGCCUUUGGGAAGAGAGGGGGGGGAUCGGUGAUGAGAAUAGAUCAUGGACAUGAUGUAGCUCACGAGAUAUCAGGACAUAAGAAUGAGCACUGAGAAGAGUAUCGCGUCGGUGGUGGCACAAGGGCCCAAUUCCUCAAUUGUAUGACCUCACUCUACUUCAUUCCAUCUAUCCCACAACCAUCUCAU